UCGGAGCGCCAUGGCCCCGGUGCGCGGCGGGGCCUGCGUGUGGCGGGGCGGGCGGGCGCGCUGGCUGCGGCUCCCCCCGGCGCCGGCCCGCCUUCUCCCCGCCAGGCACCUCGGAGGGACCCCCGGGAGCACUUUUGAUGUGGCUGUUGUCGGCGCUGGGAUUGUGGGGCUGGCAUCGGCCAGGGAGCUCAGCCUGCGACAUCCAUCCCUCACUUUUGGAGUGCUGGAAAAGGAGAAGGAGUUGGCCUUCCACCAGAGUGGACACAACAGCGGUGUUAUUCACAGCGGGAUCUACUACAAACCGGGAUCUCUGAAAGCGAAGCUGUGUGUGGAGGGGGCUGCCCUCUGCUAUGAGUACUGUGACCAAAAGGGAAUCCCGUAUAAACAAUGCGGCAAGCUGAUCGUUGCAGCUGAACAGGAAGAAGUUCCGAGACUCAAGGCGCUGUAUGAGAGGGGCCUGCAGAACGAGGUCCGCGGACUGAGACUCAUCUCUUCCAAAGAAAUACAAGCAAAGGAGCCCUACUGCCGGGGUGUGAUGGCCCUGGACUCGCCGUACACAGGCAUUGUGAACUACAGGCAGGUGGCCUUUGCCUACGCUGAGGAUUUCCAGGCAGCCGGAGGGACUGUUUUGACGGACUUUGAGGUCAAGGACAUGGAAAUGGCCAAAGAAAGUCCUGCUGGAAGUGAAGAUGGGAUGAAAUAUCCAAUUGUUGUUAGAAACUCAAAGGGGGAGGAAAGCCAUUGUCGGCAUCUUGUGUCCUGUGCAGGGCUUUAUUCGGACCGCAUCUCUCAGAUCAGUGGCUGCAGCCCAGAGCCUCGCAUUGUUCCAUUCCGGGGAGAUUACUUGGUGCUGAAGCCAGAGAAGUGCUAUUUGGUAAAAGGAAAUAUUUAUCCGGUGCCUGAUCCUCGUUUCCCCUUCCUGGGUAUCCAUUUCACCCCGAGGAUGGAUGGCAGCGUUUGGCUUGGGCCUAACGCCGUGCUUGCCUUCAAACGAGAGGGCUACAGAUUUUAUGACUUCAGUUUCCAAGACUUUGUAGACGCGGCGGCUUACAGUGGCCUAUGGAAGCUGGUGUUGAGGAACUUCUCUUAUGGAAUGGGAGAAAUGUACAGAGCGUGUUUCCUUAGUGCUCAGGUGAAGCAGCUGCAGAAAUUUAUACCAGAAGUUACCAUCGAUGAUAUACUCAGAGGCCCAGCAGGUGUCAGAGCUCAGGCCUUGGACAACGACGGAAACUUGAUUGACGACUUUGUGUUUGACGGAGGCACUGGAGACAUCGGCAGCCGAAUCCUCCAUGUCAGAAAUGCCCCUUCACCUGCUGCUACCUCCUCCCUUGCCAUUGCGAAAAUGAUCGCUAACGAGGUGGAGCGGAGAUUUGAGCUCUGAUGGAAUCCUGGAGGCCGGUUGGACCUCUUUGUGUUCAGACACUGUGCUUGGAAGGGUGGCAGUCAAGGAAAUGAUAGAGAGGUGGCCUUUUGGGGAGAAGCAAUCAGAAAGAGAGGCUGCCAACUGGAUUGCCUUGCAGAAGCCUCAAGCUCUGCAAUGUUCCGAUGAGCCUCAGAAGUCAUGCCACGUAAGGUCAAACACAGUGAACACCAGUCAGGUCCAUUAGAUGCUGUAUUAAUUUGGCAGGGGAAAUUGGUCCUGUGGUGUACUCAGGAAUGCAGUUAGAGCAGCAGACAUCACCACUCUUUCUCCUUAUAAUUUCGCUUUUGAACUAACUGGGUAUGCAGGCGCUGUGACUGUUUUAAUUUCCCUCCGUCCCAAAAUCACCUGAAAAAGGCACAGAAGGAACACAGUCUGCUCUCCACAAAAAGGGGGUUGUCUCUCCAAAACAUGGUAAUCCCACAACUCUGUCUUUCUCCCUGCCCAUGCCAGGCCACACUGUGGGUUGUGGCAAUUGCAGUAACAGGCGGGUGGUACCAUUGCCAAUGUGCCCUGAGCCCCAGGGAAGAAUACCUGUUUAUCAGAGUACUGAAUGUGAUUCCCACCUUCCAACUUGCAGAACAUAGGAAGUACACCGCUGGCACAAUCCAGAGGAAAGUGCUCAUGGGGGGUUGGACUAGAUGCCUCUCAGAAUCCCCUCCAACCUUACAAUUCUACCAUUCUAAGCCCCACUGAGUAGCUGAGAAGUGUGCAGGAGGACAGUAAUAGAUAGUCCCCUAAAUAUUGGAUGCACGGAGUGGUUUGGUCACAGCAAAUGGUCCUUUUCCUUUGGAGGGUUUUUCUGGUUCAGUCUUCACUGAAAAUGGGCAAACAAAUCGGUGUUUGAUUUUCUGGUUAGCGCUACAUAUGCACACAAUCCUCAUUGACUGAAUAGUCCAGAUAUGCAGAGAUCAGGAAAAAUAAGUUGUAUCUAAUUAAAUGCAAGCUAUUUUUAUAAAACAAAAGAUAAUGGGGGUAUAUGAUUAGAAGCCAAAACAGCCAUGAUCUGGAUUACAUUUUUAGAAUGUGAAUUCAUGCAAAACUUGUGCAUUACGAUGAUCAAUAAACUUACACAAAAACUGUUGCAUAAA